AAAAGAGAAACCCUAGAUACCCAAAAUAAAGAGAAAAACAUAUCUUCCCGUGAGGUAAAGAAAAACCAUCUUUCAUCGUCCCUCCCUCUCUCUCACUGAAUCAUAUACGUAGGAAAAAAAAAAGAUGGACUCGUACUCAUCAUCGCCACCGCCGCCGAUGGGAGCUUCAGCAUCUCCUGAAGCACUGAUGGAACAAAUACAGGCGGAGCUCGCUACAGCUUACGCGAAGGAGUUCAUAGAGACGCUGAGAGAAAAAUGCUUUGAUAAAUGCAUAACGAAGCCAGGAUCGAGCCUUAGCAGUGGCGAGAGCAGCUGCAUCUCCCGAUGCGUCGACCGUUACAUGGAAGCUACUGGUAUCAUCAGCCGUUCUCUCUUCUCUCAACAACGUUGACCAUUACAAUACACUAUAUUGCUCUCUCUUGUCGGUUUUUUUUCUGAGUCGUCUUUUGUCAUAACGAAAAAUUAUCAUCAGAUUUGUUCUCGAAGAAUGUUAUUAUAUUACAACAACAGUCUUGUUGUUAUUUGUCUGAUGACAUACAUUGCCUGAAAAGUUUGUUUACUCUAGAAACUUCUAAUUUGAUUAGUUUUAUUUUCC